AUGAUGGUGCAUUGUGCGGGCUGCGAGAGGCCGAUCCUGGACCGCUUUCUGCUCAACGUCUUGGACAGGGCAUGGCACAUCAAAUGCGUCCAGUGCUGCGAGUGCAAGUGCAACCUGACCGAGAAAUGCUUCUCCAGGGAAGGCAAACUCUACUGCAAAAAUGACUUUUUCAGGAGGUUUGGUACCAAAUGCGCCGGCUGCUCCCAAGGCAUCUCCCCCAGUGACCUGGUCCGGAAAGCGCGGAACAAAGUGUUCCACCUGAACUGUUUCACCUGCAUGGUUUGCAACAAGCAGCUCUCCACGGGCGAGGAACUCUAUAUCAUAGACGAGAACAAAUUUGUUUGCAAAGAGGAUUAUUUGAACUCCCCCACCCUGAAGGAAGGCAGCCUCAACUCAGUGUCCUCAUGUACAGACAGGAGUUUGUCCCCGGAUCUCCAGGACCCCAUGCAGGACGACCCCAAGGAGACGGACAACUCCACCUCGUCGGACAAGGAGACCACCAACAACGAGAACGAGGAGCAGAACUCGGGCACCAAGCGCCGGGGGCCCCGCACCACCAUUAAGGCCAAGCAGCUGGAGACCCUCAAAGCCGCCUUCGCCGCCACCCCCAAGCCCACCCGGCACAUCCGCGAGCAGCUGGCGCAGGAGACCGGCCUCAACAUGAGAGUCAUCCAGGUCUGGUUCCAGAACCGCCGGUCCAAGGAGCGCCGGAUGAAGCAGCUGAGCGCGCUGGGCGCCCGCCGGCACGCCUUCUUCCGCAGCCCCCGCAGGAUGCGGCCCCUGGGCGGCCGCCUCGACGAGUCCGAGAUGCUCGGCUCGACGCCCUACACGUACUACGGAGAUUACCAAGGUGACUACUACGGGCCGGGAGGCAACUAUGACUUUUUCCCCCACGGGCCCCCCUCCCAGGCCCAGUCCCCGGCCGACCCCAGCUACCUUCAGAACUCAGGACCCGGCUCCACGCCCCUGGGACCCUUGGAGCCCCCCCUAAGCGGACACCACUCCUCAGAAAACCAAAGGUACACGGAUAUGAUCUCGCACCCCGACACCCCCAGCCCCGAGCCGGGGAUGACGGGCUCGCUGCACCCCAUCCCGGGGGAGGUCUUCAGCGGGGGGCCGAGCCCCCCCUUCUCCAUGUCCAGCAAUAGCGGCUACAGCGGGGCGCUCGCGCACCCCAACCCGGAGCUGAGCGAGGCGGCGGUGUGGUAG